AUGGCUUUAAUUUUGGCUAAAGCCAAUAAAUAUAUUUCUUCUCUUCAUAAUUAUAUUCCAAUUUUAUUCUUCUUCACUUCUUUAUUUAUUUACCAAACAUUACAACAAGAUGCAGGUCAAGCCUCUAUGCCUAGCGCCGUUCCAACUCAACACAAAGUUGGCGUUACUGAAUUAAAUAUGCAAAAUUUGGAAUUGGUUUUGAGGAGUGCUCAGAUUGUAUUUGUUGCGUUUUGUGCAGAUUGGUGUCCUUUUAGUAGACGAUUGAAACCAAUAUUUGAGGAAGCUGCGGUUAAAUGGCACGAUGACAAUCCAAAUAGUAGUGUUGUAUGGGCUUUAGUUGACAGUGUUGCACAGGCUGAUGUUGCUGAUAAAUAUUUUGUUAACAAAUAUCCAACAAUGAAGAAUGAAUACAGGUUUGGAUUUUUUAAUUGAUUUUUUUAUUUUUAACUCUGUUGAGUUCGGGAAGUUCAUACUCGAUUUAAAAUUCUCGAGAUUUUCGCAUACGGAGCUAAAAAUUCGGCGCAGAGACAUAUCCUUCUUUC